AUUGCCCUGCACUGUUCUGCACUGUUCUGCAUGUCAGAGCCAGAGUGGAAGUGGGAGCAGUGGUGAAGGAAGAGUUCAGACAGAGCAGCUCCUCAGCGCUGUGUGAAAUGAGUGCACACGGCUGCACUGUCAGACUGUUAGAGAGUUAAAGCCUGGCAGCAGCACUUUCACACUGCUGAGGAACAGCAGGAGAACUUUAAGAUCCAGAAAACCACAAACUGGGGCAGAAUGAAUGGACCCUUGAGUCCGAGGCGAGAACCAGGGCCUGACCUCUCCUGUCUGCAGCAGUACAGCGAGUGGCUGUCCUGCAGGCAUGAAGCCAGCCUACUGCCCAUGAAGGAGGACCUCGCUCUCUGGCUUAACACCAUCCUGGGGCUGAAUAUAACAGCGGAGAACUUCAUGGAUGUGCUGGAGAAUGGAGCGGUUCUCUGCCAGCUGGCUGAAGAGCUCCAGGAGAGGAUGAUUCUGGUCAACAGUGGCAAGCCCUUCAUUCGGCGUGUGAUUCGCUGGCGAGCUGAUGCCGCCCCGGGUUCCUUCUUUGCCCGGGACAACACGGCCAACUUCCUGUACUGGUGCCGAAAAGUUGGGGUGGGCGAGUCUCAUCUCUUUGAGUCAGAGGAUCUGGUUCUUCACAGGCAUCCCCGUGACGUGUGCUUGUGUCUCAUGCAGUUGGGGAGAAUCGCAGCAAAGUAUGGAAUUGACGCCCCAGGUCUGGUCAAACUGGAGCGAGAACUUGAGAAAGAAGAGAAUGGUUCACUCUCUCCAUCCAUGUUCUUCGCCUCGCCGUUACCGUCUCCCUCCUCUCCACCACUUCUGUUCCGUCCUGCUCCAUCACCCUCUCCUCCUCUCCCAGCCUCCAUCUCCCCCUCCGCUCUACCUGCCUCUCCACCUUCAUCACCUUCUCCAGAGCCUAGCCCCUCCCCUCCACCAAGCCCAGCUUCAACCCCUCAUCAGGAACAGGACCGCAGUGCCCUCUCUUCUUCAUCUUCCUCUUCUUCAGCUUCCUCUUCCUCCUCCGCUGCUUCAGCCACACAACCUGAACGUAUCUCACCCAGUCCUCCAUCACCCAUUAAAGCACUUACUCCCAGCACACGCCGCCUGAGCAGCAGCAGGACUAACGGACUGAAGAAUAAGAGCUCAGACAACAUGCUGGAUGAUAUUGUGAAGCAGAUCUCAGAAGACCCUCCCUGCACAUGUCCAGUGAGGUUCUGCAUUGAGAAGCAGCCUAAAGGUCGAUACAGAGUGGGAGAUAAAGUGCUGUAUGUUAGGAUGCUGAAUGAUAAGCAUGUUAUGGUGCGUGUUGGUGGUGGGUGGGAGACGUUUGGAACGUAUCUGCUGAAGCACGACCCGUGCAGGAUGCCUGUUCUCACCCGGCCCGGACUCAAACCCUGCAAGCCCACCGUCAAAUCCCCCGGCAGCAAAGAGCCCUCACGAGACAGCUACCUGGUGGUGGGCACCCACUCUCGCCUCAGAAAGUAGAUCAGUGCCGUGCCAUCAUCAACCAUGUACUGGGUCAGGAAAUGAACGGACAAGGACUGAGAGGAAGCAUCAGUACUAAACAGUGGAAAAGAAGUGAAUUUAGUAUGAUAUAUAUAUAUAUAUAUAUAUAUA